AUGGCUGGGGUCGCUUGCUUGGGGAAGGCUUCAGAUGCGGACGAGUGGUGCGACAGCGGCCUGGGUUCGUUGGGUCCGGACGCAGCGGCCCCGGCAGGACCAGGGCUGGGCUCAGAGCUGGGUCCGGGGCUGUCGUGGGUGCCCCUCGUCUUCGGAUACGUCACUGAAGAUGGGGACACGGCAUUGCACUUGGCAGUGAUUCAUCAGCAUGAGCCCUUCCUGGAUUUCCUCCUGAGCUUUGCAGCUGGUACUGAGUACCUAGACCUACAGAAUGACCUGGGCCAGACGGCCCUGCACCUGGCAGCCAUCCUGGGGGAGGCAUCCACGGUGGAGAAGUUGUACACGGCGGGAGCUGGGUUGCUCGUGGCAGAGCGUGGGGGCCAAACAGCGCUGCACCUGGCUUGCCGCAUGGGGGCACACGCCUGUGCACACGUGCUGUUACAGCCUCGUCCCCGGCGCCCCAGGGGAGCCCCCAACACCUACCAUACCCAGGGCCCCGAUCACACCCCUGACACCGACCAUGCCCCUGUUGCCUUAUACCCUGAUCCCAGCUUGGAGAAGGAAGAGGAGGAGAGUGAGGAGAACUGGAAGCUGCAGCUAGAAGCUGAAAACUAUGAGGGCCACACCCCACUACACGUGGCUGUCAUCCACAAAGAUGCUGCGAUGGUGCAGCUGCUCUGGGAGGCUGGAGCUGACCUCAACAAGCCGGAGCCCACGUGUGGCCGGAGCCCCUUGCACUUGGCCGUGGAGGCUCAAGCGGCUGAUGUUCUGGGGCUUCUCCUGAGAGGGGGUGCAGACCCUGCUGCCCGCAUGUAUGGCGGCCGCACUCCACUGGGCAGCGCCACACUCCGGCCCAACCCCAUCCUCGCCCGCCUCCUCCGUGCCCACGGAGCCCCUGAGCCCGAGGACGAGGAUGACAGGCCUGGCCCCUGCAGGAGCAGCAGCAGUAGCAGCAGCAGCAGUGACAGUGGAGAUGAGGGCGAUGAAUAUGACGACAUCGUGGUCCACAGUGGCCGGAGCCAAGACCAGCUACCUCUAACCCCAGCCUCAAAUCCUCUUCCUGAUGACCCUGUCUAA